UCUCUCUCUCUCUCUCUCAAUUUCCUGGAAUCUCAUCUCUCUCUCUCUCUCUCUCUCUCUCUCUCUCUCUCAAUUUCCUGGAAUCUCAUCUCUCAUCUCUCUCUCUCUCUGAAUUUCCCGCCAUCUCAUCUCAUCUUCCUCAUCUCUAUCUCUCCUGAUUCUUCUAUCAUCGCUCUGUCCCUCUCAAUUUCCUGCAAUCAGACCUCUCUCUCUCUCAUCUCUAUCUCUCACCAUUUCUUCGAUCAUCGCACUCUCCCUCUCAAUUUCUUGAGAUCUGAUCGCUCUCUCCCUCUCAAUUUCCUGCAUCUGAUCUCUCUCUCUCUCUCUCUCUCUCUCUCUCUCUCUCUCUCUCUCUCCCAUUUUUCUGGGGAUUCAGAGCUCUCUCUCUGUUCUCGAACAAUGGCGAAUGCGCUUGUUUCAAUGGUUGUGAACAAACUUCGAGAAGAGGUUUAUUUGGUGGGUGAUGCCAAAGAAGAAGUUGAAAAGUUAUCUUCUACAUUGGAAUCCAUUCAAGCACUUCUUAAUGAUGCUGAGAUUAUGCAAUUUCACAAUGAAAGCAUGCAAGUUUGGUUAAGAAAGCUCAAAGAUGUGGUUUACGAUGUGGAGGACGUGGUUGAUGAGAUGAUUCCAUUUCCAGAAUCUGAAUCAGGAACCCACAACGCUGACGAUCGACUCAUGGGAAACCAGGCAUGGGCGUGCUUAUUUUCACUCUUUUCAUGUUGCGGUCUAGAAGAUUGGAUAAGGUUGGCCCAUGAAUCAAUGUCCGAAGGCGACGACAUCGGAGAUAAGGUGCGGACAUUUGUCAGUAAAGUCGCAUCACAACGCGAUUUUGCUCGUCAGAUCAAACAAGUAAGGGCGAAGCUGGAUCAGAUUGCAGCUGACACAAAUAAGUUCAGUUUUAAGGAGAUUCACAGUUUCCGUGGAGGUAGUCAGCUUCACAAGGCCGAGUCUCAAACGAGUUCGCUCGUAGACGAAUCGAAGAUGUUCGGGAGAGACAGAGACAGAGAUAUCAUAAUAAGCAAGUUGGUCAGCGGGAGCAGUUCUGAGGAGGGAGGAAUUCAUGUCAUUUCGAUAGUAGGCGUUGGCGGGUUGGGCAAGACGACUCUUGCUCAAUUGAUCUUCAAGGAUGAAAGGGUAAGGAGCCAUUUCGAUGUGUUUCUAUGGGUUUGUGUUUCUGAUGAUUUUGAUCUCGUCAGGCUUACCAAAGCAAUUAUAGAAGAUGCAGAACGGGUAAAUACUCCGCUUACAGGGCUAAACCCAUUGCAAAAUAAGCUUCUCGAGACAUUACAAGGAAAACGGUUCUUGCUUGUCCUUGAUGAUGUGUGGAAUGAUAAUAGUGACAAGUGGGAGCAACUAUGGCUUUCCUUCCAAAGCGGUGCUCCUGGAAGUAAAAUUUUGGUCACCACUCGCAGCGAGAAGGUUGCAAAUACAUGCAUGCCGUCUGCCUACAUGCAUGAAUUGAAAGGUUUAUCCUAUGAUGAUAGCUGGUUACUGUUCAGAACCAGAGCUUUCGCUGGGAGGAAAGUGGAAGAUUGCCGGGCGUUGGAAAAGAUCGGAAGAGAGAUAGUGAAGAAGUGUAAAGGAGUGCCUCUUUCGUUAAAGGUAAUUGGAAGCGUCAUGCGUUCCAAGAUGACCACACAAGAUUGGAAGGACAUCUUAGAAAGCCAAACAUGGGAAAUACGAGACAUCGCGAAAGGUAUCUUACCGGCUUUGUUGCUGAGCUAUUAUAAUUUGCCUGUCCAUUUGAAGCAGUGUUUUGCAUAUUGCUCAGUAUAUCCUAAGGAUCGUCUGAUGGAGAAGGAUACAUUGGUCAAGUUGUGGUUAGCUCAGGGUUUCAUCAAGCCCGAUGGAAAAAGAGAGAUGGAAGCAAUUGGAGGAGAGUACUUUGACGAUCUACUGGCGCAGUCUUUGUUUCAAAAAAUGGGAUCAUAUCAAUAUGAAGUCAGAUAUACAAUACAUGAUCUCCUUCACGAUCUCAUCCAAUUCAUUACAAAGAAUGAAUGUUGCAUCUUUGAGACUGGAAAGAUGGACACCAGCUCUGUUACAGUCCGUCAUUCAUCAUUUAUUGCCACCAGGGAAACGUCACACAUUCCUGCCCCUCUAUGUCAUGCAAAAAAGUUGCGAACACUCCUCCAGACCGGAUAUUCAGAAAUUGAUACCAUCCCUGAUCAUUUAUUCCAAUGCGCCAGGUCCCUUAGGGCAUUUGAUUUCCGUAUUAAAGAAUUGCCAAGCUCAAUUGGGUUGCUGAAGCAUUUACGAUAUCUUGACUUGUCUUAUUCAGAUCAGAUAGUUGAGUUGCCGGAAUCAGUGAGUAGUCUCAGCAAUUUGCAGACCUUGAAGUUGAAUAUGUGUGAACGCCUCCAAAGACUGCCAAGUGGGAUGAGUGCAAUGGUCCGCUUGAGACAUCUGGAAAUGAUAGGAACAGAAGAACUAAAGUACUUACCGGAAGGGUUGGGGAGAAUAAGUUCCCUUCGAACGUUGAGUAGGUUUAUCGUGGGAGGCGAUGGAGGAUGUAAGAUUGGAGAGCUGAAGCGACUUGACUCUCUCCAAGGAACGCUAGAAAUAGAUCACUUGGAGAGAGUAGGGAGCGCGGAUGAGGCUAAGGAAGCACAACUGGAGAACAAGUUACAACUUCGCGUAUUGUCUCUAAAUAUGUCACCAGAUGAUGCUGUUGAAAUGUCAGGAAAUGGUGAGGUGGAGAGGAUGGAAAAUGUAGUUGAAGCCCUCCGGCCGUCCCUUGCAAACCUAGAAGAGCUGGAAAUUAAGGGAUACAUUUGUUCCAAGUUUCCAACCUGGAUAGGAGAUUCAUCUUUCUCAAAUUUAGUCAGCUUGAGAUUAAUAGAUUGCAAUAAGUGUACACAGUUGCCUGGGCUAGGGAGACUACCUUCGCUUAAAUACCUUGAAAUAAAGGCAGGUCUUGUAAAACGGGUGGGAAGUGAGUUUUACGGGAAUAGCAGUGGUGGGGACAUAAACGGGGUGGCAUUCCCGAAGCUGGAAGAGCUCAAGUUCAGUGACAUGUAUGAAUUGGAGGAGUGGGAGUUGAGAUUAGAAGACAGAGAGAUAAUGCCGUCUCUACACUCAUUAAGAAUUUACGACUGCUGGAAAUUGAAGGCACUGCUGACACACCUCCCGGAAAGUCUAACAUCCCUCGACAUCUCGGGAUGUGGCGAGAUUUUGUGGCCAUUACCGAACCUCCCAAGCCUCAAGACGUUUGAGAUCUAUAAUUUAGAGAACACGACGUGUCUCCCCUACGGAUGGAAACAAUUGGAGUCACUAGAGACUCUUGGUAUCAGCAAUUGCUCUAAAUUGAGGUCUCUUCCUGAUGAUUUGGGACAGCUCAAGUCACUUAGGAUUCUCAAGAUCCACAGCUGCCCCGAGUUGCGGUCAUUGCCUCAAGGGUUGUGGGGCCUUACCUGUCUCCAAUAUUUAACCAUCUUUGGCAAUCCAAUGCUGGCGGAUAAAUGCACAAGGAAGUAUCGGAGCAAAGCGUCACACAUCCCAAACAUCUGGAUUGACCACCUCAGAAUCAAAUGAGGCACUGAAGAUGAGAUGAUCCAUCAAGUGGACAAGUUCCAACUAGGAGGUUUUGAAAUCAACACUACCGCAGCUGGAGCGUGAGCUAGCAUUGGAAGACGUCUCCAGCAUUAAGGAUUUGCCAGCUUACAAUCUUUUGAACUGAUAGCUGGGCUGCAUUGGUCUUCUACAUUUUCUUAGCUUGUUGAUUUCUAUGGUUCUCUGUGUACCCGCAGUAUAGAAAUUCUCCAUCCAAACAUGUAAAUUCAAGUGCUCAAAAUUCUAUUUCUGAGAAAUCCAAUUCACACAUAUAGGAAGU